AUGGUUUCCACUAACGAAGAUAAUCUAGUCUACGUACCUGAUAUACCAUCAAAUAUUCCCGAGAAGGAUGCUGAACAAAUGCUUCAAAAUCGUGUAGAGGCCAUUGGACGUAUGAAAAUAAGUGAUGUGAAAUGCUACUCAAAACUUGGUGUAGCUGUGAUUCGAUUGAUGAAUAACGACGACAAAACAUAUCUUGUUGCUAAUGUUCAGUCCACAGUUCUCGACCCACAACGUCGCAUAAAUAUAUCGUUUGGGAAUGAACUCGAACUUGACACUUAUAUUGUACUCCCUCGAAACACAUCCAAGAUUCCUUCUUCAGAACAAGUUACCGCUCGUUUUAAGCAAACAUACAAGGGAACAGAAAAUUUCAUCUGUGAGCCAAUUUCUAAUCAAUUUCCCAACAUUUUUCAUAUUAUUUUGAACUCGCUUGAUGUCCUGACCAAAGUAGCUAAUGCACCAGAUUUUCAGAUCGACGGUACCUUGGCCACUGUUUAUCCACGUGCUGAAUGUAGUUUUUUGGAAGAUAUACCACCAUUUACUACCAAUGCCAAACUUUUAUCUGCUGUCACUGCUGAGACGGGUGGUAUAGAACUUCCAGCAACAUCAUUAUACGUACAAUAUAAUAAAGACACUGGUAACGCAGUUGUUUUAGUAACAAAGUCCGCUAAAACAUGGACAACGGAAAUUGUCUUAACAAUUGAUGGACGAAAAGUACCACAGAAAAAGACACUUACUAAUCGAGUACUUGUCUCUCCUGUACCUCGUGGUUUUGAUGUGAAUCUUAUCACUCGUCACGACGUAUUUGUAAAUCGAGUUAUUGGACACGAUCAUAUUAAUGAUCAGCUUAUUUUAGAACUCAAUAAUGUGGACAGUUAUAAGUAUUGUUUGGACAAAGAAUUUGUGAAAAUAGAUGAUAAAAUGAUGGAAAUUAAACCAUAUGCUCUUGUUAUUGAUCCAGAAACCAUGGUUAUUCAUGCUGAAAACUGGUAUGAGACAGAUAUGCUCGAGAUCAAACCAGAUAUUAUGACACUACUACAUAAUCCUCAACAUCCCAUCUUUCAUUAUCAAUGGAAUGCUCAAAAUUGGAUUGCACAACUUCGAAAACUAGAGUCAACAGAACAACAUUCGAAAGGUUAUGAUCUUCAUCGACAUUUAUUACGAGUGACAGUCAUGUUGAACACAAUAGGCGUUCUAAGAAAGCAACGCUACAAAGUCAAUGACGAAGAUGUUAUACUAAAACCUGACCGUAUGCGAACAAUUGUUUAUGAUCACAAAUCAAAACUAUCACACGGUACAAAAACUUCGGUUAAUAAUAUCAAAACACUAUAUGCAUCAACAUCUGUCAAAGUAGUUAACGAAGAUUGUCUUAUUAUUUAUCAGAAAUUAGUUUCAGAAGGACGUCGACCCUUAUUACUAAAUAUGGCCAAUCAAGCUAGUCCUGGAGGAGGUUAUCGAAAAGGUGAUGGAGCACAGGAGGAAAAUCUUUUUCGUCGAUCAAAUUAUUACCAAAGUCUUGAUGCAGAAAUAGCUGAUAAGGAUCAAUCAGAACGACUACAUUGCAAUGAUAAAUGUGAGCUCAAACAAAUAUCAAAAAGUGAUAGUUUCUAUCCGAUGGAUGAUUUCGGAGCGAUUUACACAACUGGUAUUACGGUGUUUCGACAAACAGAAGCCAAUGGUUAUGCGUACAUGAAAGCUCCAUUAUAUAAUGUUUGUGCUAUUGCCAUGGCUGCUCAUCGAGAUCCUAAGUUAAAAAAUAACAGAACAUUAGAAAAUAAAUUUGCUGUUAAUACACAAAAAAAGGUUGAAAACAUUUUUGCAAUUGCACAUUAUCAUAAACAUGAUUGCCUCGUUUUAUCGGCUUUUGGUUGUGGUGCUUUUAAGAAUCCACCUGGUCAUAUCGCUUCUAUUUUUAAAUCUGUUAUCUUACAAUAUGCGGGAUUUUUUAAUAUUAUUUAUUUUGCUAUUGUUGAUGAUCAUAAUGCAGGCAAUAAAAUUAAUCCACAAGGAAAUUUUCUUCCAUUCAAAGAAUUACUCGAUGGUUUAACUGUACCAUCACCAACAAUUUUACGUAUUAAUGCAGCUAUUGGACCAAAUCGUGUUCUUGAUAAAUCAGCUGAUGGACAAUUAACGUUAAGUGAUGUUUGCAUUUUAGAUUUUCCACCAUGCCAUCAUGGUGCCAAGUGUCGUGAUUAUCGGAAGCCUGGACAUAAGGCUCAGUUUUCACAUCCGCCGAUGUGUCCACUUUUAAAUGCAACUUCAUCUUGUGAACAAUUAGAAGAUGACGUUCAUGCAUUUACAUUUAUACAUAAUACUAAAUGCAAGUUCGGUGGUGAAUGUAAGGAUACUGAUCCAAUACAUUGGUUAGAUUUUGAUCAUCCAGAAUUUUGUGAAUACGGAGGUGAUUGUACAAAUAUCAGCCAAAAACAUUUAGUUGCAUAUCAACAUCUACCUAAUUGUCCAGAUGGUUUUAAGUGUAAAUAUCGGAGAAGAGAUCCUGAUCAUUUAAAACCCUUUCGUCAUUGCA